UUAGGUUUUGGUUUUUGGCUCCGAGGUAGGCAGGAUCUUAGCUUCCGAGGUAUGUGGGAUCUUAGCUUCUUACAUGUGUGCUAAGGGUUACUUCAGUCGUGUCCAACUCUGUGAUCCCAUGAACUGUAGCCUCCCAGGCUUCUCUGGCCAUAGGAUUCUGCAGGCAAGAAUACUGGAGAGGAUUGCCAUGCCCUCCUUCAGGGGAUCGUCUCGACCCAGCAAUCGAACACGCGUCUCAUGUGACAUUGGCAGAGCCGCUGCCCGCCAUGGAUAUCGCCAUUCAGCACCCCUGGUUCAAACGCGCCCUGGGCCCCUUCUACCCCAGCCGGCUGUUCGACCAGUUCUUCGGCGAGGGCCUCUUCGAGUACGACCUGCUGCCCUUCCUGUCCUCCACCAUCAGCCCCUAUUACCGCCAGUCCCUCUUCCGCACCGUGCUGGACUCCGGCAUCUCUGAGGUCCGAUCCGACCGGGACAAGUUUGUCAUCUUCCUGGACGUGAAGCACUUCUCUCCCGAGGACCUGACGGUGAAGGUGCAGGAGGACUUCGUGGAGAUCCAUGGCAAGCACAAUGAGCGGCAGGAUGACCAUGGCUACAUCUCCCGCGAGUUCCACCGCCGCUACCGCCUGCCUUCCAACGUGGACCAGUCUGCACUCUCCUGCUCCCUGUCCGCGGACGGCAUGCUGACCUUCUCUGGCCCCAAGGUCCCAUCUGGCGUGGACGCCGGCCACAGCGAGCGGGCCAUCCCCGUGUCCCGGGAGGAGAAGCCCAGCUCUGCGCCCUCGUCCUAAGCUCGGCCUCGGCCUCGGCUGCCACCCGCUGCGGCCCCCACACCCAUCCAUCUGGGGAACCCUAGAAAGUGGGGGCAUCCAUCUCCCUCUGCUUUCCCCCCUUUCCAGUUCCUUUUCCUCUUCUCCGAGGGCUUGAGGGUUUGAGAGAGUAGCCAGGAGGACCCAGGGCCCCAGCCUGUGGUGCAGAGACCUCAGAGUGACCCGGAUCCCAACAUCAGCUCCUUGGUGGAAGUGACCGCCAUCACAGCUUCUGCCCCGGAGGUCAGAGAGCACCCGUCUCUGAGCCAUCUCUGGGUGGCCUCUGGUCUCCAGGCCCAGCCGGUGGUCCUGGCCCUUGGUGGCAGGCACUCUCGUGAGGUCCGUCUGGUGGGGGCUCCCCUGCGCCUGGCCUCUCAAACCCCCUUCCCUCAACCCUCCUCUCUGUAGCGCCGCUCUCGGGGCAUCUGGUCACCCCUGAGAAGGCAGCCCGUGGCAGUCAAUAAAGAGCAGGUGACACAAGC